UGACAGAAGAAGUGAUAUAGGUUAGAAAAUUUUCUUCGAAGUUCGAAUAAAAAUUACGCCUUUUCGAAUUUUGGUGAUAUUGUUACUUGUUACCCACAGAAGUACGGAACACGACCGAACGCCUAUCAUCUAUGAUUUUUGUUCAACGAUUAUCUAUACAGAAGAUGUGAAUUUUUUUCAGAUCGGGAAAUCAAGAUUCCAAAUUUCCAACCACUGAACUUUUGACCUAAUCAACAUAAAAAUUUUCUAUCGAUCAACGUGUGAGUGGAUUUGUUUUUGACGAGUACUUAGCAAUGGGAAAUACGGUUUCUGGAGCUCAAAAACUUAUGGCGCAGACAUUCGUCCCACAGAACGAAACAAAUAACAAUGAUGUACCUAAAAAUCCUCACGGUUUCACCAAUACAGCUGGUAUGAGCCCACCCCCUGAAUGCCCAAUGCAUGUCAAAGCAGAUGAUAAAAAAGCCGCUGGAUGUGCUGUAGCGGGAAACCCAGAUGAAAUUAAUCCAUUAAACAUGAUGCCUCCUCCAAAUCAAAAACCAGCACCGGAUCAACCAUUUCCACUACCAACUGAACGAGAAGUAUCUACUAUACCAAAGUCUGAAGGAGAUGGCGAAUUUUGGGUUUAUCCAUCAGCUCAAAUGUUUUGGAAUGCAAUGUUGCGAAAAGGGUGGCGUUGGAAAGAUGAUGAUUUAUCACAAAAAGAUAUGGACGUCAUAAUUAAAAUACAUAACAUCAAUAAUGAGCUUGCUUGGCGAGAGGUAUUAAAAUGGGAAGCAUUCCAUGCAAAUGAAUGUAUGAAUCCAAAAUUAAAAAGUUUUGGGGGUAAAGCUAAACAUUUUUCUCCAAGAGCAAGAAUAAGGAAUUGGAUGGGAUAUGAAUUACCUUUUGACAGACAUGAUUGGAUAGUAGAUCGUUGUGGUAAAGAAGUACGAUAUGUUAUUGAUUAUUACAGUGCAGACAAUUCACCAAAUAAAUAUCAAGUGGCUAUUUUAGAUGUAAGGCCAGCUCUAGAUUCAUUUGAAGCAUUAUGGGAUCGAUCUAAAGCAGCUUAUUGGAGAUGGCGAUUUGAAGCUGAAAUGGAAAGAAAUAUUGCUAAUAAAAUGGAUGAAUUAAGAAAUGAUGAUAAAGUGUGAAAAUAAAUCAUUCAUUUUUUUUUUUUUUUUUUUUUUAUUGUAUAGUUUGUAUAGUAGAUUCCAUAAGUAAAGGUAAAUAUUUUAAUCUUUAUAAGAUUUCGCUGUAAGUAUAGUAUUUUAUAUGUAUACAUCAUUUU